AUGCAGCAGACGCAGCAGCAGACGCAGCAGCCAGAGGAGUGGUGUCCUGCCAGCCAGAUCGACUGGGACAGGAUCCUGCCGCCGCCGCAGCCGACGCGCCACACCCCCUCAGCGCGCCCCAGCGCUCUGCAGCUGCCGCCGGCUCUCACGGUGCGGGACGGCGCGCCCAGCGCCGCCGCCGCCCCGCCGUUUGCGUACGAGAGCGCCAGGCUCAAGGUGUCGAAACUUCAGUCAGACUUUGCCCAGGCGUGCCGCCAGCUGACCCAGGCGGCGCGGCGGGAGGAGCGGCUGCAGGAGCAGCUGGCGGCGCUCAAGGCGGCGCUCGCAGGGGCGCUCGGCGCCGGCGGGGGCGGCGCGGCGGGGGCGGGGACGCCGGGGGCGCCGCUGGUGGCGGGGGCGGCGGAGCUGGUGGGAGGGGUCAGGGAGAUUUCGCGGGCUCGGGACCAGCUCACGAAGGAGCUGAGCUCGAAGCGGCGCGAGGCGGCGGCGGCGGCGGCGGCCCUGGAGGCGUGCCGGGCGGGGAACGAGGCGGCGCUGCGCAACGCGGCGGCGGCACGGCGCGCGGCGGGAGAGGCGAGGGCGGAGGUGCUGCGGCCGGCGCGUUCGAGGGUGGCCGCGGCCUUCUUGCGCGUGUCAUCGCACCAAGGCAGCAGGCGAGCGCUGACUGUGCACGAGGCCGCGGUGCCAGGCUGCGUCGGGUCAGCACGGGGAGCCCCCUGCGUGGCGCAGGCCCAGGCAGAGGCGCAGGAGGAGCGGCGGCGCGCCGACGGCCUGGCUGAUGAUAGAGAGGAGCUGGUGCUGCAGCUGCAGGAGGCCCAGAUCGCCGCUGACCUGGCUAAGGCGGAGCUCGCACAGUCCGAGGCUGCAGGGGCCGAGGACGACAACCUCGAAGACGCCGACCUCGACGAUCUGACGGAAGCCCAGCUGCGCGCGGCGCUGUCCAAGGCGCGACGGCGGCGCGACAAGAGCGAGAAGCGGCUCGCCGCGGCGCGCACGUCGCUGCGCCUGCGGGAGCGGCGGGCCGAGGUGCUGAGGGCCGAGCGGGACGCGGCGCGCGGCGAGGCGCAGCGGCUGAGGGAGGCGCUGUGUGAGGCGCAGGGGGAGAGGGUGCGGCUGAUGUGUGCGCUGGAGAGGGCGGGGCGCGCGGCGGGGGGCCGCGGGCGGGCGGCGGUUUUGGAGGAUGCUGAGGAGGAGGAGGAGGAGGAGGAAGCGGAUGAGGGGGAGAAGGACGAUCAGGGAGCGGCGGAGGAUGAGGAGGCUGAGGGCGACGGCGAGGGGGAGGAGGGGGAGGAGGAGGAGGAGGAGGGGGAGGGGGAAGAUCCUGCGGGCAGCGCGUCCCCGCCGCCGCCGCGCUUGCUGCGGCACCAACCCCCGCGGGCGAGGCAGGAGAGGGGGCGCUAG